GAUCUCACUGAUGCCUUCUUCCUCAAAUUCGGCCUGAGCUCUCCUGCCUCCCACUUGGACCUAAUGCCGCAUCACCGCCCUCAACCACCGCAACACUAACCACAUCAAAUCCUUUGCACCGCCACCAACCCCACCCACCGGUUGUCCUCCACCGCUUGACUAGUGACGUUAUCACCACCUGGCUAUCACCAUCCUUAGCCCACUACCACCCUACAUUCAUCCCCCUAAGUGGGGUACCGCCGAACCCUAACCCAGAUCUAUCGCAGGAGAGCUCACCAGAGGACUUGGUGGCUGUUGAAGAAGUUCGAGGGAGCAGAAUCUGUACGGUGCAGAAAUCCCCACAAGUCACCGGGCGCCGCGCCGAGCGCGGAGAUGGAGCCAUCAGAUCCCAGUGCUAAGAGGAGGCCAAAGAAGCUCAUGGUAACCCACGCAGGAUCUAUAACUCAUAGGCAAGAUGCGCCACCACCUGAUGCUAGGGGUGAAGAAGAAGGUAUUGAUCACAUCAGUAGCCUCCCGGAUGCAAUCCUUGGCGACAUAGUUUCCCUCCUAUCCAUGAAGGAAGGUGCGCGCACCCAAAUCCUAUCCUCCCGGUGGCGCCACACUUGGCGUGCUGCCCCUCUUGUCCUUGACGGCACUGAACUCACUCCCAAGGGCCUUCUUAGAACCGAUGAGAUGGACCUCGCUGCUGAUGACAAGGCCCUUGCUAGCACGGUCUCUCGCAUCCUCUCUACCCACCCAGGCCCUGGGCGCCGCUUCUGCAUCCCAGCGCACCACCUCUUCGAACGACCCACCACUGUUGACACCUGGCUUCGCUCUCCGGCACUCGACAAUCUCCAGGAACUUGAUUUCUGGGAUGAUGGGAUAUAUGGGUUUCUUCGACAGUUUGCACCGGCAUCCCCACCGGCAUCUGCUUUCCGGUUCUCUGGCACCCUCUGCGUUGCUACCUUCGGCAAAUGCCAGCUCCCAGAUUGCUUGGUGGAAGGGAUUCACUUUCCCAACCUCAAGCAGCUCGCCCUUGAAUAUGUCAGUAUCUCGGAGCACUCACUGCACGCCAUGAUUUCCAGCUGCCCUGUGCUGGAAUGUCUACUUCUUCGCCUCAGCUUUGGGUUUGGCUGCCUCCGGAUAAGCUCCAGCAGCCUUAAGAGCAUUGGUGUGGGUACUAAUCGGUAUCGUAACCAACCCCAGUUACGGGAAAUCAUCAUUGUCGAUGCCCCAUCUCUUGAAAGGUUGCUUUUUCUUGAAUCAUACAUGUCCAUCUAUGUAUUUGUGAUCGCAGCACCUAAACUUGAGACCUUAGGUUCUCCCACUGAUGGGAUUGAUGGGUUAGAUCCUUGCAGGAUCGCGUUUGGAACGACCACUAUUCAGGAUUCGCAAGUCAUUAACAUGACGACGGUGGUGCGCAAUGUCAAGAUUCUAGCUGUGAAAUCAAGGCAUAUAAAUCUUGAUAUGGUGCUUGACUUGAUGAAAUUCUUUCCAUGUCUGGAGAAGUUGUACAUAAAGUGUUGUAUUUCAGGGGAUAUGAAUCGGUGGCGUCGCAAGCAGAGGCAAUUCAUUAACUGCUUUGACAUCCACCUAAAGACAAUAGUGCUGCAGGAGUAUCGAGGCACCAGAUCACAAGUCAACUUCGCCUCGUUCUUUCUACUGAAUGCAAAGAAGUUAGAGUCGAGGACGCUUGAGGUUGACAACAGACUUGCCAAUGACACGUUUUUCAUAGAACAGUAUACGAUGCUUCAUAUGGAGAAAAGGGCUUCAAGGACUGCUAGGUUACAAUUUACAACAAAAAGAUGUCGCCGCAAUGCACAUGUCAACCAUGUUCGCGAUUUAGCUAUAACCGAUCCCUUCGAGUGUAGAUGCUGAUCGACUUUGGCAUUGGCUUUUGCCCAUUCCAAUAUCAUGUGGUGUUUUAUGGACUA